AUGAAUUUUUUUUUUUUUUUUUUCGAAAUAUCUUUGAUUAUAAAAAUAUUUAAUGGGCUAAACAAAGUUAGUUGCAUUGGCUCUCUUAAUUUUGAGAAUAUAAAAAAUUAUUUUCCAUCAUUUUUUUCAAACAUAAAAAGAGAGCGAUAUAAUUUGGAAAAUGAAAAUUUGUUAAAAACACACUUAAAAAGAAAAAAAUAUAUAUAUCACUAUUUAUAUGGAGAUAAAAAGUAUGCCUUAGGUAGAUAUUCAAUUAUAAAUAUAAGAAAUAAAAAAAAUGGAACGAUAAAAAAAUUAUCGAAUAAUAUAGAAAAUAACGAAUUGAGUAACAAAAGUGAAUACUGCAAUAAAAAUAUAAAAGAAGUUUUUAAUUAUGUAAAAAAAAAUGAUGAAAAUAAAAAGGGAGUGCUUAUAACAACUCCAAUUUAUUAUGGAAAUGAUAAACCUCAUAUUGGACAUGCAUAUUGUAAUGUUUUAGUUGAUGUAAUAUAUCGAUUUGAAAAAAUAAAAGAUGAAGAAAAUAAAAAAAAGAUAAUAUUUUUUUCUGGUAUGGAUGAGCAUGGUUUAAAAAUAGAUAAUAAAACUAAAGAGUUAAAUAUGGAUAAAAAUAAUUACUUAAAUAAUAUUUCGAGAUUUUACAAAAAAAUGAAUGAAAUGCUAAAUGUAGACAUAAAUUUAUUUUAUAGAACUUCAAACUUAUUUCAUAAAACAUUUGUUCAGAAUGUUUGGAAAUAUUUAUUAAAUAAAGGGUAUAUAUAUAAGGAUGUAUAUAAAGGAUAUUAUAACAUAAAUGAGGAAAGAUAUUUGAGUGAAAUGGAAAUUGAAAAACUGAAAAAUGAAAAAAAAAAAGAUAAUAUUGUCACAAAUAAUAUAAUCUAUAUUGAAGAAGAAAAUAGCUACUUUUUUAACAUAAACAAAUUUAAAGAUUUUUUAAUUAAUUUUUAUAAAAGUAAUGAAAAUAUAAUUUCACCUUCUUAUUUAAAAAAAGAAAUAAUACAUCAUAUUCAAAAUGAUUUUAAAAAUAUAUGUAUUAGUCGAUAUAAUACCGAAUGGGGAAUUAAAAUACCAGAAGAAGAAAAAGGAACAAUAUAUGUAUGGUUUGAAGCAUUAUUAUCAUAUAUAUCCUCGAUUUUUUAUGUUAUAAAAUUGUAUGAUAAUCCAAAAAAUGAGAAUUUUGAAAUUAUUAGUAAUUUUUCCACAAAAAAUAUAACACAAAAUGAGGAAGGAAUAUUAUGUACUUAUGAAGAUGUUUUAAAUUUAGUGGGCACAUAUAGGCAUUUAAAUAAUUUUGAAAAUAAUAUAAUAAGCUCAGAUAAUUUAAAAAUGGUUGAUCAAAAUAAUAUUAGAAAAUUAUUUGAAAAAAUGUGGAACCCUUAUAUUCAAGUUAUAGGAAAAGAUAUAUUAAAAUUUCAUGGUAUUUUAUAUAUAUGUCUAUUAAAUAGUUUAGGAAUUAAAAUACCUGAACAUAUAUUAUGUCAUGGACUAAUAAAAAAUGAGAAUAAAAAAAUGUCAAAAAGCUUAAAUAAUAUUAUAAGCCCAUUUAGACUUUUAGAAAAAUAUAAUAAAGAUGUUAUUCGAUUAUAUUUUAUUGGAAGUGGAAAUAUAUAUGAAGAUAAAAAUUUUAAAGAAAAGAAUUUAGAAAGUUUUGAAUUAUUUCUUCGAAAUUCUGUUGGAAAUUUAUUAUAUAGAAUUGUCUCAUUAUGUAUAGAAAAUAAUUACAAUAUUAUAAAAAAAAAUGAUUUAUUUAAUUUUACUAUUUUAAAUGAGUUUAAAAAUACCAAAACAUAUUUAAUUAAAUUAUUCGAUAACAUGGAAUAUCCAUUAUUAUUAGAAAAAUUAAUGAUAUUUAUAAAAAAAAUAAAUAAAUUUUAUGCUUAUAAUGAACCAUGGAAUAUAAUAAAUGAUUCUAAAAAAUUUAAUUUAAUUAUAUACGAAAUAUUUGAAUGCAUUAAAUUUUUUUCUAUUUUUAUGUAUCCAUUUAUUCCAAAUAUUAGUUUAUCUAUUUUGAAAAAUAUAGGAUUUGAAUCAAUUAAUAAUGAAUCGAUUUCUAUAAAUAUGUUGAAUAAGGAAACGGAUAAAUUUGUCUUAAAAAAUUUGAUAAAAAUUAUCUAA